UCUCUCUCACAUUUGGUUCUCCCUUUUUCUUCUUUUUCUUUUUUUCCGUCAGAGCCCCUCUCCACCUCUCAUCAGAAGGAGAAUCUUCCAUUUUUUUCUCGGUUACAACCCCUUUCUCUUUGGCCUCUCUCAUCUCAAAAAGAAGAAGAAGCACAACUCCCUCCCCCCCCCCCCAAAAAAAAAAAAGAAAACUUACCUUUUUGUGGAGUCGGUUUAUUUUUUUCCAUUCAAAAUAUGAUGUAUUCACUAUUCAGAUAUGACGACGCGACCUGAUCCGAAUCAAAAUUGGGUUGGGUGGGUCGGAUCUCGUUCGUAAAUAACCGGACGCAUAUAAAUGAAUGUUUCUUUUGCACAAGCAGUACUGCCACACGGCUGCGAUACCCACGUCCCGUCUCUUUUGCUCAAGCGCUGCUGCCACACGCACGACCGCCUCUGUUCAACCGACGACGAUGUCGUCGUUGUCUCUGUUCAAUCGCAUUGUCGCUGAACCUUUGGCACCGUCAUCGCUCCACAAAAGUUAGUGCUAUUCACAUUUCAAGCUACUUGGUGAAAAUUUUCCUUAAGGGUUCUUCGUCUACCAGCUCCUCCUCUCUUUUCUGCUAUUAGACACUUGAAGCUAACAAUUCGAGUUCAACCUUCUCUAUAUGCUUUGUCAAUUUCGUCUCAAGCUCUGGUAGUCACUGCAACUCUUCCCUGAUGCUUCCGAUCUCCUGCUCAACAACUUCGAAUCUUUCCUCUACUUUCUUCGCCAUUAGAUUGUAACUAUUUUAUGAAUGGGUUUAGGAGUCUUCAAUAUAGUUCCUCUCUACAUCAACGAGCAUACUUGGGAAAUGCUGCUCAACAGUAUUGCUUCUCAUCGAUCAUCAGAAAACAUGCCAGUGUAUCUUGGUGUUAUCUUACUCCAAACAAGAAUUUAUACAACUCUUGGCACAACCUUUCCAGUGGAAAAAGGAACAGUCGGUACAUUAUUGUUAGGUCUGAACUUGAGAAAAUGGGGACUCAUGAAGCUGGUUAUCCAUUAUCAGAAGUACCACUGAGCUCCAAAGUCAGAGGAACGUUCUUUUAUGCUACUACUGCAAUCACUGCUAUUUUUCUCUUUAUGCUUAUGCUGGUGGCGCAUCCAUUUGUGUUAUUGAUGGAUAGAUACCGCAGAAGGAUUCAUUAUUCAAUUGCCAAAAUGUGGGCAAGUUUGACUAUUGCUCCAUUUUUUAGGAUCAAAUAUGAAGGGUUAGAGAAUUUGCCAUCUCCCAAUUCUCCUGCUGUGUUUGUUUCCAACCAUCAGAGCUUUCUAGACAUAUAUGCACUUCUUACUCUGGGCAGAAGCUUUAAGUUCAUUAGCAAGACUGCAAUAUUUCUCUUUCCCAUUAUUGGUUGGGCUAUGUUUAUGAUGGGUGUCAUUCCUUUGAAGCGUAUGGAUAGCAGAAGCCAGUUGGACUGUCUGAAGCGGUGCAUGGAGCUUAUAAGGAAGGGUGCAUCUGUAUUUUUUUUUCCAGAGGGAACACGUAGUAAAGAUGGAAAAUUAGGCACUUUCAAGAAAGGAGCAUUCAGUGUUGCGGCAAAGACGAAAGUGCCAGUUGUACCCAUUACACUGGUGGGAACAGGUAACAUUAUGCCAGCUGGAUUUGAAGGCAUCUUGAAUAAGGGAUUGGUGAAAGUCGUUAUCCAUAAGCCUGUGAUAGGAAGUGAUCCGGAAGCAUUGUGCAAUGAAGCUAGGAACGUAAUUGCAGAUGCAUUGAGUGAGCAUGUUGAUUGCUGAGCUUUUCCAGUGAGUGAUUUUCGGUCUCAUUAUCGUUUCAGUUACCUGAUGUGGAAAAUUUUUUUUCACAUGUUUUUUUGGUUAAUUUUAAUAAAUAUAACAAACAAGCAAAAUACUUACGGCUUGUGGAACAAAAUGAAAGAGUUCAUGAAGUUGUUCAUAUUUCUUUAAAUAUUUCAGGUUUGCCGGUCC